AAGGCCUAACCUCUUAACAUUCCUCCAUUGUGACGACCCAGCUAGUCCUCGUCAACUUUUCCGCCUGAUACGAUAGACGGAGCUGGCUGAGAUUGUGAACUGACUGCAUCUCUUCCUGUAAGAUGGCCAGCCUCGACAAACUCGCUAUCCGAGGCAUUCGCUCUUUCGAUGACAAACAGAUAUCUGUCAUCGAGUUCUUCACGCCCGUUACUGUCAUUGUCGGUCAUAAUGGCAGCGGGAAGACUACGAUUAUUGAGUGCUUGAAAUACGCCACGACGGGAGAUCAGCCUCCCAAUACGCGUGGCGGUGCGUUCGUCCACGAUCCGAAGAUGGCGAACGAAAAAGAAGUGAAGGCACAGGUCAAACUGCGAUUCCACGCCGCCAAUGGCAACCGGAUGUUAGCCGUUCGCAACCUGUCCGUGACUUUGAAGAAGAAUGGGGCAUUGACAAUGAAGACCUUGGAGAGCAUAUUGGCUUUAGCGGAUGAGAAGAGUGGGAAGAGAGGUGCUAUAUCUACCAAGUGUGCUGAGAUGGAUGUCGAAAUCCCCCAUCUUCUUGGCGUCUCAAAAGCCGUCCUAGAGAAUGUCAUCUUCUGCCACCAAGAGGACUCUUACUGGCCUUUGGCGGAGCCCUCCAUUCUGAAGAAGAAGUUUGAUGACAUCUUUGAGGCCACUAAGUAUACAAAGGCUUUAGACAACAUCAAAGCUUUACGGAAGGAUAGAGUGGCAGAGCUCAAAGUCGAGAAGGAGCGCCUCGAAUCUCUCGCAACAGAGAAGGUACAUGCCGAUAAAUUGAGGAAACGGUUAUCGGAAGCAAGGAGCACUGUCUCAGAGAAGACAAUGGAAUACGAAGAGCUGAAACAGAAGUACGAGGAGCUAGUGAAGGCCAAUGCCAGAUUCUAUGAUUCUGCCACCAAAUUCCGCGAGACGUAUAUGAAAGUAGAUGCCCUGAAUGACCAGAAAACACGAUAUCAGAAGGAACUGGACGACGCACGGGAGAAUGUUCGAGAGCUGGACGGUAUGCACCCUCCACACUGAUGACAUAUGUUGUGACACAUACUUGCUAACGUCUCCAUUGAAGGUACUGAUCAUGAGUUGGUGGAUCGUUUGAAGAAUUUCGACGAGCACACUGCAAAACAGAGGCAGAAGCUCAAGUCGGAGUCCAACAAAUUGCACGAUACGGAGGAG